AAGGGGUGUAUGAAGUGGGCGGAGUCUCGUGGUGGCUAAGCAGCGGAGGGGUAGCUCUUUCUCUGCGUGCUUAGCGAGGCGGUUGGAGAGCACGUUGUAGCGGGUUUGAGGCCGGGUGUGUGAACGGACCGCAGAAAAUGGAGGGCCCGCUAGCCGUGUUCGGGGAGCGCAGUACCGGAGAGGUCGUCAGGAGCCAGAACGUGAUGGCAGCAGCAUCCAUUGCCAAUAUUGUGAAAAGUUCCCUUGGUCCUGUGGGUCUGGAUAAAAUGUUGGUGGACGAUAUUGGGGAUGUGACUAUAACAAACGAUGGUGCGACCAUCCUGAAGCUGUUAGAAGUGGAACAUCCUGCAGCUAAAGUGCUGUGUGAACUCGCCGAACUGCAGGACAAUGAAGUUGGAGAUGGAACGACAUCAGUUGUGAUUAUUGCUGCAGAGCUGCUGAAGAACGCUGAUGAGCUGGUGAAGCAGAAGAUCCACCCCACCUCCGUUAUUGGUGGAUAUCGUCUGGCUUGCAAAGAAGCUGUCCGAUACAUCAGUGAAAACCUCACAAUUAACACGGAUGAGCUUGGGAAGGACUGUCUUCUUAAUGCUGCCAAGACUUCCAUGUCCUCUAAAAUAAUUGGAGUUGACUGCGACUUCUUUGCUUCUCUAGUAGUUGAUGCUGCACUUGCUGUAAAAUUUGUGGAUCAAAAGGGUCAAGCCCGUUACCCGAUAAACUCUAUUAACGUGCUGAAAGCUCAUGGCCGGAGCCAGAAAGAGAGUAUUCUUGUCAAUGGUUACGCACUUAACUGCAUUGUGGGCUCACAAGGAAUGAAUAAAAGGAUCACCAAUGCAAAAAUUGCCUGCCUGGACUUCAGCUUGCAGAAAACCAAAAUGAAACUUGGCGUGCAAGUGAUUAUUUCAGACCCAUCCAAACUGGACCAGAUCAGGCAGAGGGAGUCUGACAUUACCAAGGAAAAGAUCCAGAAGAUCUUGGCGACGGGGGCCAAUGUCGUCCUCACUACUGGUGGAAUUGAUGACAUGUGUCUGAAGUAUUUUGUGGAUGCAGGCGCAAUGGCUGUGCGAAGAGUACUGAAAAAGGAUUUGAAACGUAUUGCUAAAGCUACUGGUGCUACUGUUUGUUCAACCCUUGCAAACCUGGAGGGUGAGGAAAGCUUUGAGGCGACCAUGUUGGGACAAGCUGAAGAGGUUGUACAAGAGAGGAUAUGUGACGAUGAGCUGAUUCUUGUUAAAAAUACAAAGUCCCGAACAUGUGCAUCCAUCAUUCUUCGGGGUGCCAACGACUUCAUGUGUGAUGAGAUGGAACGAUCUGUCCAUGAUGCCCUCUGUGUAGUGAAGAGAGUUCUAGAAUCAAAAUCUGUGGUACCAGGAGGUGGUGCUGUGGAAGCGGCUCUAUCCAUUUAUCUGGAGAAUUAUGCUACCAGCAUGGGCUCCAGGGAACAAUUGGCAAUUGCAGAGUUUGCAAGAGCACUUCUGGUUAUUCCAAAAACCCUGGCUGUGAAUGCUGCACAAGACUCCACUGACCUGGUUGCCAAGCUGAGAGCGUUCCAUAACGAGGCUCAAGUCAACCCAGAGCGCAAAAACCUUAAGUGGAUUGGUCUCGAUUUGGUGAAUGGAAAGCCAAGGGAUAACAAACAAGCUGGGGUCUUUGAACCCACUGUUGUAAAGACAAAAAGCCUGAAGUUUGCAACAGAAGCUGCAAUUACAAUCCUGCGAAUUGAUGAUCUCAUCAAAUUGCAUCCAGAGAGUAAAGAGGAGAAGGGCAAAUAUCACGAAGCAGUGCAAUCUGGAUCAAUUGAAUGCUAAUGUGUCACAGAAACUGUGUUUUUUUUUUUUUGUAUUACUGUAACUUAUAACUAGUAACUCAUUGUUUAUCUUGCACUUUUUGGUCUUGUACCAAAACCCAUCACCGAAACACUUAAUAAAAGUAAAGUGUGAGCUCUU